UUUAGCGGAAGGAAAAAAGGCUCCUUCCUUUGAGUGUCGCCAACGUUGACGUGACUUAAUGUAGCCUCCAGAUAGAUAUUUUAGGGCUCCUCUCCUUUGUGGCGCAAUGGCGCAUCGUCUAGCAGCGCGAUCUUCCUCCAGAGCCGCGAUUCGGCGGCUGUGCGUGCGAUUCUUCCACUCCAGCACCACAAGCAGCGGCGAUCGAUCGGCGCCGCGCCAGGUACUGAAAUAUCUCGAGGAAUCGCAACGGCGGCAGCCUUUUGGGGUCCGAUCGCUGCCAUUCCAUGGCAGCCCGCGGUGGAUGCAGACGGCCGCGGCGUCGGCGCCCCGGUCCGUGCCCCUCUCGCGCCUCACGGAUAAUUUCCUCGAUGGCACAAGCAGCGUCUACCUCGAAGAGCUCCAGAGGGCGUGGGAGGCAGAUCCCAAGAGCGUGGAUGAAUCGUGGGACAACUUCUUUCAGAACUUCACAGGGAAAGCGGCCUCCAGCCCGGGGGUGUCCGGCCAGACGAUCCAGGAGAGUAUGCGCUUGCUGCUGCUGGUGAGAGCGUACCAGGUCAAUGGUCACAUGAAAGCCAAGCUCGAUCCACUGGGACUGGACGAGCGGGUUCCUCCUGAAGAUCUCAACCCUGCGCUCUAUGGAUUCACAGAGGCCGAUCUGGAUCGGGAGUUUUUCAUCGGGGUGUGGAGGAUGUCCGGGUUUCUGUCGGAGAAUCGCCCAGUCCAGACUCUCCGCGCGAUCUUAAAGCGACUCGAGCAAGCCUACUGUGGGACGAUUGGGUAUGAGUAUAUGCACAUCUCGGAUCGAGAGAAGUGUAACUGGUUGCGGGAGAAGAUCGAGCAGCACGUUCCUAGCAAGUAUUCUAAGGAAAGGCAGAUCACCAUCCUCGAUCGUCUCAUCUGGGGGACAAAGUUUGAGAACUUCCUGGCACAGAAGUGGACGGCCAAGAGGUUUGGACUGGAAGGUUGCGAGACACUUAUCCCUGGUAUGAAGGAGCAAAUCGAUCGAGCAGCGGACCUGGGAGUCGAGAGCGUUGUCAUCGGUAUGCCUCACCGUGGCAGGCUCAACGUACUGGGAAACGUUGUGAGGAAGCCUCUGCGGCAAAUCUUUAGCGAGUUUGCUGGGGGGACCAAGCCUGCCGAGAGUGGCUACAGUGGAAGUGGUGAUGUCAAGUACCAUCUAGGAACGUCCUACGAUAGACCGACCAGGACAGGGAAGCACAUCCAUCUCUCGCUUGUUGCGAAUCCUAGCCACCUGGAAGCUGUGGAUCCGGUUGUGGUUGGUAAGACGAGAGCCAAGCAGUACUACUCGGACGACUUCGAGAGGAAGAAGAACAUGGCGAUUCUGCUUCAUGGAGAUGGGAGCUUCUCUGGCCAAGGUGUGGUGUAUGAGACGCUGCACUUGAGCGACCUUCCAAACUACACCACCGGGGGAACGAUUCAUAUCGUCGUGAACAAUCAGGUGGCUUUUACGACGGAUCCUAGGAGCAGUCGCUCCUCGCCUUACUGCACGGACGUUGCCAAGGCUUUGAACGCUCCUAUCUUUCACGUGAAUGGAGAUGACGUUGAGGCUGUCGUCCAUGCCUGCGAGCUGGCCGCAGAAUGGAGGUGCCAGUUCAAGGCGGAUGUUGUGGUGGACAUAGUUUGCUACCGUCGUUUUGGUCACAAUGAGAUUGACGAGCCAUCGUUCACUCAACCGAAAAUGUAUCAGGUUAUCAAAAAUCACCCAACUUCAUUGGAACUCUAUGAGAAGAAACUCAUCGAAAGUGGUCAGAUCAGUGAGGAGACCGUGAAAAAAAUCCAUGACAAAGUGUAUGGAAUUUUAAGCGAAGAGUUCGAGAACAGCAAAGACUACGUUCCUAAGACACAGGACUGGCUUGCGGCAUAUUGGUCAGGUUUCAAGAGUCCGGAGCAGUUGUCACGGUUAAGAAACACCGGUGUUAAACCAGAGGUAUUGAAAAAUGUUGGCAAGAAAAUCACCACUCUUCCUCCCUCGUUUACCCCGCAUAGAGCGAUCAAGAGGGUGUAUGAGCAACGUGCGCAGAUGAUUGAAACGGGAGACGGAGUGGAUUGGGCUACAGCUGAGGCAUUGGCGUUCGCAACGCUUCUUGCAGAGGGGAACCACGUACGGUUGAGCGGCCAGGACGUCGAAAGAGGCACUUUUAGCCAUAGACAUGCCGUGGUACACGAUCAAGAAACUGGUGAAAGAUACUGCCCCCUUGACCACGUUGUGACCAAUCAAAAGGAGGAGAUGUUUACCGUGAGCAACAGCUCGCUCUCGGAAUUCGGGGUGCUUGGGUUUGAGCUCGGAUAUUCAAUGGAAAACCCGAAUUCGUUGGUGUGCUGGGAAGCUCAGUUUGGAGACUUCGCCAAUGGUGCGCAGGUGAUAUUUGAUCAGUUUUUGAGCAGUGGAGAAGCCAAGUGGUUGCGUCAAACGGGACUGGUGUGCAUGCUGCCACACGGUUAUGAUGGACAAGGGCCAGAGCACUCGAGUGCGAUGCUAGCAAGGUUUUUGCAGAUGAGCGAUGAUCAUCCCUUCGUUAUUCCCGAGAUGGAAGUGUCUCUUCGGAAGCAGAUCCAGGAGUGCAAUUGUCAGGUUGUGAACGUGACGACGCCUGCAAACUACUUCCAUGUUCUUCGCCGACAGCUCCAUCGCGACUUCAGGAAGCCACUCAUAAUUAUGUCCCCGAAGAAUCUCCUUCGCCACUCGUCAUGCCGCUCGAAUCUGUCCGAGUUUGAUGACGUUCAGGGGCAUCCUGGUUUUGACAAGCAGGGCACACGAUUCAAGCGCCUGGUCAAGGACAAGAACGAUCACGGCACGGUGGAGCCAGAAAUCCGUCGCCUGGUCCUCUGCUCUGGAAAGGUAUACUACGAGCUCGACGAGGAAAGGGAGCGCGUUGGAGCAAAGGACGUGGCCAUCUGCCGCGUAGAGCAGCUGUGCCCGGUUCCUUACGAUCUCCUCCAACGAGAACUCAAGCGCUAUCCAAACGCGGACGUUGUGUGGUGCCAGGAAGAACCCAUGAACAUGGGAGCCUUCUCCUACAUUGCUCCGCGACUGGGAACGGCAAUGCUGUCCGUCAAUCGUGGAAGCUUUGGGGACAUCAAGUACGUGGGAAGGCCUCCAUCCGCGGCCACUGCGACUGGAUUCGCUGCGGUGCACAAGAUGGAGCAAACCGAGCUCGUCCAGAAGGCUCUCCAAGCGGAAAAAAUGUAAAGCUAGCGAUUGUUCUUCCAGCUCACAGAAUAAAACCCGCGAGAGAGAUGAUAACUUAUAAUCAAUCACACCAAUAAAAGUAUACACCAUUUCUUUUGUUCU